ACCACCUUCCUUAUACCAAAAUAUUACUAACAAAACAAAAAUCCCAUAAUUUUAUAAACAUAUUCACUUUCCAUAUCUAUUUUCUCUUCACUAUGUAUAUAAUUCUCGUCUCCAAAACUCUGAAUUUUCCAAAACUAAUCGCAACCCUUUUCUCAAAAUCGAAACUUUUGAUCUGGGAUGUUCUUAGUUUCUCGUAAUUUGUCAUGUUGUCACGUUCUUUUUUCAAUGUGCUAGAGUUGAGUGAUGAUGAUUCUAGUGGUUUAAUCCCAGGAGUUGAAAUGGCUGAUCAAUCCGGCUUCGUUUCGUCUGCAGAUGAGGAGAGGAGAAUCAUUGUUGCUAAUAUGCUGCCUUUGAAGUGUUGGUUUGAUGAAGAGACGAAAAAGUGGGGGUUUGAUUGGGAUGAAGAUGCUCUGGUUUUGCAGAUGAAAGAGGGGUUCGAGGCUAAUGAUGAAGUUGUUUAUGUGGGAUCUUUGAAUGCGGAGAUUGAUGCUCAUGAACAAGAUGAAGUGGCUGAAUUGUUGCUAGAUAAGUUUAAUUGCGUACCUACUUUUAUUCCAAAUGAUAUUCAAGAUAAGUUUUAUCAUGGUUGUUGCAAGCAUUAUUUGUGGCCUUUGUUUCAUUAUAGAUUGCCUAUGACUGAGAAUGUUGGUGUUAAGUUUGAUAAGAAUAUGUGGCAAGCUUAUAUUUCUGCUAAUAAGAUUUUUGCUCAGAGAGUGGCUGAAGUGUUAAACCCUGAUCAUGAUUAUGUCUGGAUACAAGAUUAUCAUCUUUUACUAUUGCCCACUUUUUUGAGGAAGAAGUUUCAUAAGGUUAAGCUUGGGUUUUUCUUGCAUAGUCCAUUUCCUUCGUCGGAGAUGUAUCGUGCAUUGCCUGUUAGGACUGAGAUUUUGAGGGCUUUGUUGAAUUGUGAUCUUUUGGGGUUUCAUACAUAUGAUUAUGCCAGGCAUUUUCUGUCAGCUUGUAGUAGAUUGUUGGGUGUGGAUUCUAAGUUAAUGAGGGGCUACAUUGGGUUAGAGUAUUAUGGUAGAACUGUGUGUAUUAAGAUUCUUCCGGUUGGUAUACAUAUGGGUCUGAUAGAAUCGGUUAAGGCCUUGGAGGACACGGGGGAGAAAGUUAAGGAAUUGAGGGAAAGGUUUAAUGGGAAAACUGUGAUGUUGGGCGUUGAUGAUAUGGAUAUUUUUAAGGGGAUUAGUUCGAAGUUUUAUGCAAUGGGGAAGUUGCUGGAAGAGUAUCCCCAUUUAAGAGGGAAAGUGGUUUUGGUUCAGAUUUUGAAUCCAGCUAGAAGCCAGGGUCGGGACAUUCAACAAGUUAUAGAUGAGACUGAACGAGUUGCUACUGAGAUUAAUCAGAAGUUCGGUGAUUUGGAUUAUGUGCCUAUUGUAUUUGUCAAUGGUCCAGUUUCAACUCGAGACAAAGUUGCGUAUUAUGCCAUAUCAGACUGUUGUGUCGUGAAUGCCUUGAGAGAUGGGAUGAAUUUGGUACCUUACAAGUACACCGUGUCUAGACAAGGGAGUCCUGUAAUAGACAAGGCAAUGGGACUUGAAGGCCAAGAAGCCAUAAGGAAGAGUGUUAUUAUUGUCUCUGAAUUCGUUGGGUGCUCUCCAUCGCUGAGCGGGGCAAUUCGGGUUAAUCCUUGGAAUGUUGAAAGUGUCUCUGAUGCAAUGAGAUCGGCUUUAUCAAUGUCAAAUACGGAGAAGCAGUUGCGCCAUGAGAAACAUUACAAGUAUGUAAGCUCUCAUGAUGUUGCUUACUGGGCUAGGAGUUUUGACCAAGAUCUGAAGAGAGCUUGUACUGGGCAUCUUAACCAGAGAUGUUUGGAACUUGGGUUUGGUUUGAGUUUCAAAGUUGUUGCAAUGGGCCCAAAUUUCAGAAAACUCUCUGUGGAAGACAUUGUCUCUGCUUACAGGAGCACCAACAAUCGGCUUAUUCUGCUGGAUUAUGAUGGCACCAUGAUGCCACAAGGUACAGUUGACAAAGCACCAAGCAGUGAAGUUAUCAAAGUUCUGGAGAAGUUGUGCAGUGAACCACAAAAUGUUGUGUUUAUUGUGAGUGGCAGAGGAAAGGAAUCCUUAAGCACUUGGUUUGCACCAUGUAGAAGACUCGGUCUAUCAGCUGAACAUGGUUACUUUACAAGGUGGACUCAGGAUUCGCGAUGGGAGUGCAGCAUGUCAGCGGAUUAUUUUGGAUGGAAAAGGAUAGCACUGCCUGUAAUGGAGCAUUACACAGAGGCAACGGAUGGCUCAUUUAUAGAGCAGAAGGAAAGUGCAUUGGUGUGGAACCAUCAACAAGCUGAUCCUGAUUUUGGUUCGUGUCAGGCAAAGGAGCUCCAUGAUCAUCUUGAGAGCGUGCUUGCCAAUGAGCCUGUAGUUGUCAAAAGAGGUCAACAGAUUGUGGAAGUGAAACCACAGGGUGUGAGCAAGGGUGUUGCUGUGGAGAGACUUAUUGCAACCAUGCGGAGCAACAAUAGGUUGCCGGACUUUGUGCUGUGUGUAGGAGAUGACUCCUCGGAUGAAGACAUGUUUGCCAGUGUUGCCAAAUGUGUCACUGAGGCUGAAGUGUAUGCCUGCACUGUAGGUCGUAAACCGAGUAACGCUAAGUUCUACCUCGACGACACUGACGAAGUUAUUAAGAUGCUUCAAAGGCUUGCGCAACCUCCAGAGUCUCAAGUCUCUCAUAAACGCUACCGUAGUAUGUGAAUACUUAAGUUUAAUCCAGUAGCCAAGUUUACAAACUAGUCACAUAACAGUUUGCCUCCUCUUUUCACCUUUUUAAUUUAAUAUAUAUAUAAUCCUGAUGUUAGCUCUACAAGAGCGCGGUGAUUUACUUGUUUA